UGCUCUCCGCUCCGAUCGUCGUAGGUGUAGUGUGUCAAAGAGGCCAAGUGGUAGAGGGGGUUUUAGAUCGAGCAGAUUCACCCUUCUUAGUUUAGUUAGGCCGUAGUUUUUUCGGGACAAAAAACACCAACCACAACACAAGUGUCCGAACUGUAGUGGAAAAAGUGUGUGUGUCUCUGAACGCGUUUAUUAUAUACAAUUAACAAAAAAAUAAUAACAAUUACAAAUCAUAAAGAAAAGAAAAAAUUAAAAAAACAGCGCUUUUUGCUCGAUCUGUUUGUUGUUAUAUUAUAAAUCUAUUUCCAAGUAUAUAUAUUUACAAAGAUAUAUAUAUUUAAUUAUAUACAUAUACACAGUAUAUAUUAACAAUUUGCCGGCUAUAAUUAUUACAAGAAUAGUGGAUCUUAAUGAUGGAGAAUGAUGCUCACCAAAAUUGUUCCGGUGGCCAAGGCCAGAACGAUGCAGCCCACGACCCGGGAAAAAUGUUUGUCGGGGGCUUGAGCUGGCAAACAGCACCUGAGGGACUGAGAGAAUAUUUUAGUAAAUUUGGUGAGAUCACCGAAGUCAUGGUCAUGAAAGAUCCCACAACUAGAAGAUCACGAGGCUUUGGCUUCGUGACCUUUGCUGACCCAAGUAGUGUAGAUAAAGUCUUAGCUAGCGGUACUCAUGAACUAGAUGGUAAAAAGAUCGACCCCAAAGUUGCCUUUCCAAAACGGGCACACCCAAAGAUGGUAACCAGGACCAAGAAAGUGUUUGUAGGAGGGCUUUCAGCGCCGACAACUUUAGAAGAUGUCAAAAAUUACUUCCAACAAUUCGGUAGAAUAGAAGACGCGAUGUUGAUGUUUGAUAAGCAGACCAACAGACAUAGGGGAUUCGGAUUUGUAACUUUUGAAAAUGAAGAUGUCGUUGACAAAGUUUGCGAAAUACAUUUUCAUGAAAUCAAUAACAAAAUGGUGGAAUGCAAGAAGGCCCAGCCCAAGGAGGUGAUGAUGCCCAGUAAUGUUGCGCGCGGAAGGGGAGCAGGUAGGGCUACGUACGACAUUGUUUGGCCUCUGGGAGCUCUCACUGAUGGUAAUGAUGGGAUGUUAUGCGUCCCUCUUACUACAGCUUCUCGAACUGCUGGCUUUGCAGCCUACAGUUACGGUCGCGGAGGAUUUCCAGGGUAUCCAAGCUUCAGCUAUCCUUUCGCAGUGGAGCUGAAUGGUCAGCAGACGUCACCCCCACUACUAACUCAAGCUCUUUCAGGUAACAUUGUAAUUAACAAUUACGGGCCUCAGAGUUUUGCGCAACCUACAUCUCCUGCUAACAGUCGUGGCUUUCCAGCUACCAAUAGUCCUGGACCCAUCGACCUCUACACUUCUGGUCAAGAUAGUGUUGGCUAUGUGCAGGCCACCAGCCCCCAACCCACGGGCUUCCCACCUAUUGCUGUAAGUAGGAUCGGAAUGCGCUUUCACUCAGGUAUGGAGGAAGAGGAUAAACGAACUGUGUAUGGACCGCCUUGCGUUCUGCAACAAGUGGCACCAGUUCUCGCUUCCCUUUCCUUGGAUUUGGUGCCCGAAAGAGCGCACUUAAUUUGUGGUUGAAUUCUUCUUCUAACUCCUCCACCAAAGCAUUCAACAAACACUGUUAUAAUUAAUUAAUUAUUAUUAUUAUUAUCAAUUUCUCUACUUACAAACCGGAAGACAUUCAUGUGUACGGAUAACAAAAAAAAAACACAGAUUUCGUUGGGUUUUUUUUUUCUUCUCUUUUUUGCUUUUGUUUUUUUUUUGUGUGUAUUUUAUAUUGAGUUGUUUUUUCAAGUGGACAAUAUAUAAAGGAAAAAAGAGCUGCUAAAUGACUUAUUAGGGGAAUCUUUUAUUUUUUACCUUUCCCCAACUGGCAACACUUAUGAACAGACGAGAAAAAUGCAGCUCGUUUUAUUUUCUCCUCCCAACUACGUUCUUUACUAUAUUGUGUGCUUGUAUGCUUCUAAUUCAACUUACAUAAAUAUAUAUAUAUUGACAUUAUAUAUACACCUUGACAAACUGCGGCAUUUAACCUACCAAGAAUCGCAAUUCUCUAUAUUAUAUGAAUAGCUUGACGUUGUAAUUGUUAAUCGUAAUGUAUUUCUGAUUCCGCUUUUGGUUCAAUGUGAUGAUAUAUUUAAACUUUUGACUGUUGAUUCUCGGCUAUCAUUGUGUUUUCACUGCUAAAACCUUAAACGGACCCUCACCGACAUCUACGCUUUCAUUUUCAAAGAAAAAUUCCGAAAAGGAUUUAAGAAAAAAAAAACCAGAGGCCUUUCAGCGUUGCUCUUAACAACAACGAAUUCCAACAGCACUUAAUUAAAAUGAUUCUGCAACACGCUAGCACCUACAUAGUCAAGCAUAUUUCAGUUCUCAAUGCACUUUACUUACUAUCUUUCUAAGCAAUACAGCAAUGUUCAACUAUAUUAUACAAUUUUGCUGAUGUAUAGCCAAACAUUUAGUCAAGCACUUUUGUUGUGAUUUGUUUGUUGUACUCUUCCGAUUGCAGCCCACGUUAUUUUGUAUAAAAGGAGUCAAAAGCUGUAACGUUAGUUUUUAUUAGAGAGAUUUAGCGCAUUCAUCUAGCAUUCCGCACAUUUACGUACGUACAGUGCAGUUACUGCAGAACAACCUCGGUUUUCUGUAGAGCUUGCACAGAAUAUACGUAUUACGAGAUGCUCCAUGGAUAUGCUAAAUCUCUCUAUUAUUAUUUUUUACAGAAUUUUGCAUAUUAAAAAGUGGUAUGUUUUCACUUGGGCAAAAAAAAAUUAUUAUAUAUGACAUUUGUUAAAUGUUCUGAAACUUGUCAUUUAAAAAAUCUAGCUUUAAUCUUUUUAAAUUACAUAUAAUUUUAAUAUUAUUAAUUCAUUUUGAACAAAUUGUAAUAAACUGCUACUGCUAUGGAUAAAAUAAAUAUAUGCAUCCAGGCUGUGUUUCCCAGUGUGGAAACAAGCCUUAUUUGCUGCUAGAAUUAAAAGUACCCAAUAUAAUACAGUAUAACUGUUCUUUAAAACUUUGUACCAAACUUUUGUUACCUAAUUCAAUAUUAUGAUAAAUUAUAUUAAAAAAAUAAAUCUUAUUUUUAAUAAUCAGCCUCCAUGAUACAAAAAAAUAAUUUUUUAAGUGGCCUACUAAUUAUUUUAAUAAAAUUUGGAAAAAAAUACUAUUUAUUGAUAAACUAUUUAUGUUAUUCACAUUCAUCAUUAUAGUUUCAUUUGACUAAAAAUUAUUAAUUUUAUACCAAAGAUUUAUUGUUAUUUGUGAUGCUUGCAUUUUUACAGGUUUUCUAUUUUUAAAGAUUUAUACCAGACAAGUUUUGUUGUCAUUAACAGAAGUUAUUUUGAUUUUAACAAAUUUUUGUAUUAAUAUAAGUAUUUUCUCUAUAUAUCUUUAAAAAGGAGUCGUAUUUAUUUUAAUUUUAUGUUACCAUUAAAUUUUAUUUGGUUUUAAAAAUAAUUUCGUUUAAUUUUUUUUCUUCAUAUAUUGCAUACAUAAAGUUUCAAAGCAUACUUAUUUUAAUUUUCAAAUUAAAUUUUUUGCUUCUAUUUUUUUUAAUAUUAAAUUUUUUGGGCAACUACAUUGUUUAUUUGUUAACAAGAAAUGCUUUGCUAUCAUAACUAUUCUAUUUUAACACAAAUAUAGUGUUUAUAUGUUUUUAUUAUCUUUUAUUGCAUCCCCAUUUUAUUUUUACCCAAAUGCAUUUCUUAUUUUAGUUAAUUUAAUUUUUUAACACAAAUGCAAUGUGCAUUCCUUGCUUUAUUUCCAUUGCUAUUCUAUUUCUAACAUAAAUCUAAUAUGCAUUUUUUAUUAUUAGUUUUAACACCAUUGGUAGAUUUUUAACACAAAUACAAUAUGCAUUUCUUACUAUAGGCUUAGGCUCCAUCGCUAUUCUUUUUUUAACACAAAUGCAAAAUGCUUUUUCUGUUUUAUUUACAUCGCUAUUGUUUUUUUAACACAAAUCGAAUAUGCAUUUCUCAUUAUAAGCCUUAGUUCCAUCGCUACUUUUUUAACACGGAUAUAUUAUGCAUUUCUUAUCAUGAAUUUUGAUAACCAUAGCUAUUUUUUAAUGUAAAUCUGAUAUGCAUUUCUUAUUAUAAGCUUUAAAUCCAUCGUUAUUCUUUUUUUUAACGCAAAUGCAAUAUUAAAAGCUUUUUUUAUGGAUUUUUUUAUUGAAAGCUUUUUUUAAGGCUAUUAUUUUUUAAUAUAAGUACAAUAUGCACUUCAUAUUACAAGCUUUAACUUCAACGCUUCUUUUUGUUUGAUAUCAAUAAUUCUUUAUUAAAUAAUGCAGUUUAACAAUAACAGUACCUAAAAACCAAACAAGUGACCUAAAACCAUUCAAAGAUAUUUUGAGAACUAUUGGAGAUUGACGUAUUUAUUAAUUUGAUACAAGCCUUUAUCAUAUAAGAAAUAAAUUUAUGAUUACAAUUUCUGACUUUUGUUAAUCAUUUCUACAAAAUGAAAUCUGGGCUUCCUAAAAUAUAUUUAAAAUCAGUGCAAAUCAACUGUCCUCUUAACGGGAAACAACUUCUAAUUGGAAUUAAGUGUAAAUGUACUUUUUUACAAUUCUACUUUAAUAAAUUGUUUAGAUUAAAUAUAUUUACAUCAUUAUUAUUGGUAAAGUAAAAUGUAAUUAUAUAUUGAGUUUUAUUAUCUUAAAUAUCAUUCUCAUUGUUUUUUUGUUUACAUUGACAAUUUUAACUUAAAAAUGGGCUGCUUUAUGGUUCGAAUUGCUAUUAAGUGUCUUUGUAAAACGUGUCUAUUUCACUACAACUGUUAAUUAUAAUUAUACUAUAAAAUAAGCAGAUGAAUUAUAUUUAUGAAUAUUUUUUGCUACCUGCUACUGUGAUUUUAUUGGUGAUAUAGACUUUAUAUUUGCAUCAAGUAAAUCUAGUAUUUAUAAUAAAUUCUUUUGCAUAAAAUGUAUUUAUUUGUUUGAUUUCCAUUAGCCUCAGCACGAAAUGUUAUAGCAAUACCAAUGCACAAGCUCUAGUUCAAAUGAGGAACUGCUUUUAUCUAUGUUUCAUUGCAUGAUCUCUAAACUCCUUUGAAAAAUAUGUUUUUAGUUUGUUUU